UUUGUCAUGAAGGAAACUCUGCUCCCUGCCCUUCCGAUGGGAUUCGUGGUUACAAAUGCCCCAGUGGUUUCUACUGUCCUACUGGCACCAGACUGGAGAUACCCUGUGAGCCAAGCACUUUCAGCCCUAUGCCUGGAGCAAGCACCUGCCUCCCUUGCCCGGCUGGUAUGGCCUGCAGACAUACUGCCACUGUGGAGCCAGUCAGCUGCCCCAGAGGUUACUAUUGUCCAGCUCGGACUGCAAUGCCCCUGCCAUGCCCUGAAGGUACCAUGAACACCCUGGAGGGGGCACUGUCUCCCGCUGCAUGCAAACUGUGUCCAGUGGGGAGGUACUGCAGGGGGGACGCUAACUGGGAACCAGAUGGUCUGUGUUCAGCCGGCUAUUACUGCUCAGGAGGAGCUGCCGAUGCCGUCCCGCACAGGACACCCAGGCUCCCACUCAAUGGGCCCUGUCCACCUGGACACUACUGUCCGGGGGGCACUCAGUUCCCGGUCGCCUGCCCAGUGGGCACCCUGAAUAAUGCCACAGGUGGCUCCUCCCAGGACAGCUGUGUGCCAUGCUAUCCUGGAUUCUUCUGUGCUAGUAUCGGUCUGAGCUCACCUACAGGACCCUGUGCUGCGGGUUUCUACUGCCCAGCGAACUUCAGCUCCUUCAGCCCCACUGCAUUCCUCUGCCCAAAGGGUCACUUCUGUUCCUCUGGGUCUGCCCAUCCAGCCCCCUGCCCCACCGGGGAAUACCAGCCAAACAGGGGUUCUGAGUCCUGCAUUCCUUGCCAACCAGGCUUCUACUGCCAAGAGGCAGUUGCAGGAGACCCCCAACCCUGCCCUCCACACACCUACUGUCCUGAAGGUACACUGGUUCCUUCUCCGUGUCCCGAUGGCACGUUCACCCCUCCAGACAUGACUGGCCUCAGGGAGGAGAGAGAAUGCCUGGCCUGUUCACCCGGUCACUACUGCAGGGGCGGGCGGCUGGAGGGGAAGUGUGCUGCUGGGUACUUCUGCCAGGCCGGGAGUUCUGAGUCUACUCCCCAGGGCCAUGACUUUCCCUGGAGCUCCCUGACAGAAUGCCGCUGGGGGCAGGUGCGUGCGGGUCUCUGCCCAGCAGGUUUCUACUGCCAGGAAGGCUCCGAGGUGCCCACGCCAUGCCCCCCCAACACCAUUGGAGCUAUCCCAGGGGCAAGGCGGAGAGAAGACUGCCUGCCCUGUCCACCAGGCCACUGGUGUAAAGCAGGGGAUCCAGUGACCUAUCCGUGCCCCCCUGGACACUACUGUGGCAGCGUGAAUCUCACCGAGCCCAUCACUCUCUUGGCACCUCUGCAAUGCCCUGAGCACACUUACCGCACUGCCCCAGGGGCACAGAGCCUGGCAGAUUGCCAGCCUUGCCCCCCAGGUUAUGUCUGCCAAACACCAGGCCUUACCAGUUUUGAAGACUACCCCUGCCCCCCCGGAUACUGGUGCCCAGGCAAAGGGGACAGGCUUUUCUGCCCUCCUGGUACCUUCAGGACCCAGCCUGGUGCAGCAUCUUUGGAAGAGUGUGGCCCCUGCUCUCCUGGCUAUUAUUGCCCGGACCCGGCAGAGACGGGGCUGCCCAAUGUCCAAGGAGCUCUUUGCCAACCCGGCUACGAGUGCCCACCAGGUUCAGUGAAUCCAACCAUAUGCAGGGGUGGCUCCUAUUGCGGGCUCCGCACAGGGGUCCCUUCCAUGUGUCCAGGUGGAUAUUAUUGUCCGGAAGGAUCAUCCAAGUACAACAUCCCCGAGCAGCUGUGUGUGUUCCCCUAUUACUGCCCCCCAGGCAGUGCCCAUCCACUGCUCUGCAAGGGAGGCUACACAGCCCUGAACGUGACCGGCCCAAGGGACUCCUUUGAGAAAUGCUGCAGGAUUUGUGAUCCGGGCACCUACCGUAGUGACUCCCUUCUCAGCCCAUCCUGCCAGCCCUGCCCAUCAGGCUUCAGUUGCCCGCAAGGCAGUGCAAGUUAUCUCCAGCAGCCCUGCCCCAGGGGGUAUUACUGCCCUCCCCGGGCACCUGCACCCAUGCCCUGCCCCCCAGGGACCCACGGCAACAGCAGCCUGGCAAAGCAGCCCGAGGAAUGUCAUGCCUGCCCUGCUGGCUCCUUCAACCACCUCUAUGCUCAGGCAGGGUGUUUCCCGUGCGGGAGCUCUUCCUCCUCACAGCCAGGGGCUAGCAGCUGUAGCUGCCAUGGGCUGAACCGGGCUUUUCAGGAGUCAGAUGGCUCUUGUAUCUGCCAAGCAGGGUACGUUUACUAUGACGAGAGAGGCAAGAAAAAUUCUGACACCAACAGUGACCAAGACUGCCAGCCUCAGGUGGAGGAGCGCUGUGCUCCCGGGGAAGUCCGUCUGGCAUCCACACGUAAAUGCAUUUCCCCCGAACUAUAUGACUGUUCUCCCUUCUGUGGUGCGCUGGGCGGAGAACUCAGUGCAGAGUUGGGCAUGUGUCGCUGUGAGCAGUAUGUCUCCGCUGAAGAGCUGUGUGACCGAGAAUGCUUGCUGAACACCCCACAGAUCUCUCUGAGCCUUGGCAUCCAUUCAGAGCUCCUCCUGAGUGUUGAGGAAGGAGAGGACAGAGAGGUGACAAACAUUCUGGGCCCAGAUGAACACGUGCAGAAGAGCCAGCAGGUGUAUUUGGUUCUGUUUGGCUCCACUGGGGUAUUUGGUUUCAUUAUUUCCAGCACAGACAUGCUGGAUACAUUCCUCACAGGUGAGACGCGAAAACUCGGUAAAGAUGAAGAGUCAGCAAAUAACCUUAGGUUUCCUAUGAGCUACAUGGGGCAGAGGGAAUUUGUUUUCAAAUGCACCACAUUACACAAGGGAGUUCUCAUUUUACAGGAAAUCUUGAAUGUGACCCUGUGUUCAGAGGGACAUUCAUUGGCUACACUUUCAAACCCCUCGGGCACCUGGGAAUUAAGUAGUUGA